GGCGCACUGUUCCCACGUUCACGCUUUUUAGCGCCCGCAUUAAGGUAACUCUUGCCUUCUUGCGAGUUAAAGUCACAGUAUGUCGCGCUGAAUCCCUCAGUUGCGGGUUCCUCGCAAUGGAAACAGCUGUCUUCGAUACUCUCUCGUCAUCGUCACUCCAUUUGCACCGACCGUAGACUUAAUCGACCAAACAUGCGGUUGCGUAAGACCUCCGAACGUCACUUGCUCCCGCAUCAUCUUCUGCUGAUCGUGUUUGCAUGCGCGAGGACCGCCGAGGUAUCUGAAGUGACAUGCGAAAAUGUGUCCUUCAAGGAAGCCUCCUUAAGGGAUCGAUAUUCCAGUCAGGAAACGACGAUAGCUGCACCUAUAGUUGAUAACAGUCAGAAAUCAACAUCGCCGAUCGUCAUUGGAGCUCUACCACGAAACACUUCCGGUGUCUUCAGACCCAGUAUACACUUGGGCGAGAUCGAGCAGUCCAAGAGCCGGAAGAAUCCCUUUAACAACGUGCAACACGUCAGAUUCGAGAGCAACGUUCACGUUGACGAGCAACACGAUCGGUCCCAGGACGUCGUCGGUCUUCUGGAGGAAGGUACAAGAUCCAGAAUUAAGUUUCAAGACGACGAUCAGGUGGUCCCGGGUGUCCAGCAACAUUCCUUUAACGAUCAGCAAGCGGCUACGGAGGUCGUUUCGGAGUCGCCGCUUGAACAGGCCACCAUCGGACACGUGUUUCUCGAUCAGACGUUUUAUCAAAAGCCGCAGGACGCGUCUACCGUCUUCGGCAAAAUGAUGACGGAUCAGCGCACGACCGGGGCUUACUUCGACCUCACGAGACCUCCUCCGUACGUCAUCAAUUAUUACGCCAGUCAAAGUCAGAACGCUCAUCAGCCGAUACAGGAGACCGCGCUCGAGAUGAUUAAAAAACCCGGGAGCAAUGGCGUCCUGGUUGUCGAGCAGUCCACUUACACGAGGAAGCGCAAAUUCCCGUACACGUUUUAUCAACCCAGCGACGAGUAUCGCGAUAUGCAAUACUUGGAAGAACCACACUCGACCAUGACUUAUCCGCAAGUAAGAAGUCUGUCUCCUUGGAAGAAGAUCAUCCAUCUGAUCGGUACUUUUCUGCCUCUGGGUCUGCUGUUGGCGCUGACACCCAAAGUUGUGCGGAUCAACAACAACAACACGGCAACAACCCAACCGAGCAUCAUCCUCUCGAAGCUGAGGGUCGCCGAUCUGCCUAUUGAACACAAGCGAGCACGUUUGUCCAAUGAACAAUCGACGACUGUCUGCGAAGAUCGAUCGAUCUGCGAAUUAAUUUUGGCUGGUAGUGAACCGCAGUCUAAUAUUCUUCAAAAUAUUCUGUGGAACUUGGCUACCAGCGGAACCGCGGAUGACAUCGCAAAAAGAAAUGGUCUUCGGGAGAUUUUUAACGCUGUGAGAAAGAAGGAUUGUAUGAUCAUCGAUUGUUAAUGACCGUCUAUAGGCAGCCUGAAGAACAACUUACGGUCACACGCGAUCUCUUUCACGCUCGUUGAUUUAUGGCGUUAAUAUUCACACUUAUGCAAAUUCUCGACUUUAUGCAUAAAAUAGCGAGUGCAAAAAACAUUAC